UAAUUAUUCAUAAUUGGAUGCGUUUUGGGCAGCUGCAUAGUGGUAAUUCUGUUCCUCUGGUCAGUUGUACGCUCCGAGAGAGAGUGAUGCAUCGCCGGGCACUGCUGUGUUGCCAUGGCGCUGGAAGUUGACAGAGCCAUUUCAGAGACUCGCUAUCAGAUGGAACAGAGGAACAGUGGGAGGUGGAAGACGAAAAUCCCUGGGUUCGUUCGCAGUGGCCAGACUCGACCUCACACACAGAGCACCGAUGAAGACUUCAGAAAAACUCCAGGCCAGGAGAGGGAUGGUAACAAGAAAACAGUCACUAUGGCCCUUACAUCCAGGUAUAUGACAGGGAGAAGUCAGUACAUUGUGAGAAAGCCACUGAUUGGUCCAGAGCCACAGACCUCCAUCCUGAAGAAUCCAAUCACACAAGAAUGCUCUGAAAGGGAGGGAAGUACCAGCAAUAUACCUAUACCACGGUACAACAAAUUAAGGGAGAAUUCCAGGAAACAAUCAGACAAAGACUGUCCAGAUGGUGCCAGCAAAACUUCUCCCUCAGUUUCCAGGGAAGACCCAGAUACCAUGUUACACUUAUCAGACCUGCAGCUAUCCCCAUCUUACGAGGAUCCCAUCUCUGGUUCCGUGUUACCGGGCAGCACGUCCAGCCUCUCUAGUCCAUUAGACAUUCAGAGCCUCACAGUACCAUUAAGCCCCAAAUGGGCUUCCACUCAACGACCUCAUACCCACUCCUACAGUGCCCCUUCAGUGCCCUCCAGAAAGACCAAAAUGCUGGAUACCAGGGUGGGAGAUUCACUCCUAAACACAGUCUCAUCUUUUAGUUACAGUAAGAACCAUCGGACCAGUCUGAAGCGCAUGUCUCCAUAUCAGGCCAGUUACUGGGCCUGUGCCAUCCCCAGUUCCCAGCCCCCCUCCCCAGACCGCAAGUCCCCCAACUGGGACCCUGACAAAGAGUACCUGGCCCUCCUGGAUUACACCUACCCCCUUAGACCAAAUGCCACGAGCACCUUGGGAUUGUCCGAGUUUGGGUCUUUAUUGCGGACUGAUCCUCUGUUGCUGGACUCAGGUAUCGAGCUGGAUAGGUUCUGCAGCUCUUCGAGUCUCUCCGGUCUGGACCAGUCCCUGAACGUAACCUGGAGAGGGAGAGGCAGUCCGGGUAGAGGUCAAAGGUCAUUGGAAUUACAGGGUCUGAACCAAAGGGAACUCUCCUACUCCAAGUCGUCGGAUGCCAGGCUGUCUAGUAGCCUGUUCUCCUCAGUGGAGCAGGUUGGUUUGUCAGUGGACAGCCUUGACAGCGAGGGGAGACUGGGCCGGCAGUGGCUCCCUUACCGCAAACUCGGUAUCUUCUCCACGUCCAAGUCUCCUCCAACUGUCAUUCCGUCCACACGUGUCCUGCCUAGUCCAAGGACAGUGGGGGAAUGGGAUGAGGAAUUCUUACGACUGCCUGAACAGCUGAAAGAACUGCAGGUUCUCUCACAGCAGCUGAGGGACAUUACUGCUCAGGUCAGCCAACCAGUCACAGCCAGCUGGGAAUCUCUCGACAGGGAAACAGCCUCGGGAAGCUCAUUGGCAGCACAGGCAGAGAAACGGAUGGCACAGGGAGACGAGGUUGAUGAAGAGCAAAGGGCGGGAGAAGGGGAAGAAGGGGGACCAGUAUGCGAGGCUCAUCUUGAAGGUGUUCAGCUUUCAGGGGAAGUGAAAAAGUUUGACACCUCAUUAGGGAUGAUCAGCAGGGAGGUGAACACAGAGAGUCUGAGGGAGGUGGAGACCAUUAUGGACCAGCUGAGUGGAGAUUUGCAGUCAGAGUUUCAGAGGAAAACACAGAUGGAUAAGGCCGAUAUGGAAACGAGAGAGUCCCUCAUGCAGCAUAUUCAGGAGUUCUGUUCAAACCUACAGAAGCUGAUUGAAUGGCUUUACAAAGUGGUGGAGAAGAUGGAGGUCUUGUCUCCUCCCACAGUGGACAUUGAGAGUGUCAAAGCGUCUCUGGCUGACUACAAGAAUUUCCAGAAGGAUGUCCAUGCCCACCAGCCUCUGACUGCUGCUGUCCUGCAGACAGGAGAAAUGCUUCUGCAGGUCAUGAACUCGACUUCUCCGGCCCUGAAGGAGACAUUGGUGCUAAUAGAGAAGCAGUCACAUGCCCUGGAGAUGCAUUCUGAGCACCUGUUCUCCUCUAUUCUCUCAGCCAUGGACAGCCUGACAGAACCAGGCCUCCAGUGCAGCCAGACUGUGGGUGAGUAA